AUGAAUGACGGUUCAUUCGUUAUUACUGGAGAGAAAGUUCCCUCGCAAAAUGUAGGAGGUGUUGGUUUUGUUGUGCACCCAUCUGUCGUCUAUCUUGUCGAUUCUCACGAGAUCCUGUCACCUCGUCUGGCCAUUCUUCGCCUCCGCCCUCUGCGCCAAAAAUCCAUCAGUAUCAUCAACUGCUAUUCACCAACAUCAGCAGCUGAUGAUUCCGAAUUGGACGCGUUUUACGAGGAGCUGGAGGAGGUAGUCCGCAACGAGAAGUCCUUCUACAAAUUCGUUGUCGGAGAAUUCAACGCAAAACUAGGAAAGGCCACAGAAGAGGAAUACGGGAUUGGAAGAUUUGGACUAAGGGACCGGAAUGAAAACGGCAAUCGUCUCGCUGGGUUGCUGUUCGCCGCCCGCCUCCUUCAUGGGAAUUCUCUUCUCAUGAAGAACGAUUAUCGUUGGUGGAUAUGGGAAUCGCCCAAUGGCGCGACUCGUGCGGAGAUCGACCACAUACUCACCAACCGGAGGUGGUGUCUACUUGACGUCUCAGUAGUACCAUCCUUUUGUAGUGGUUCUGAUCACCGUCUCCUUCGUGCGAAAAUACGACUUAGCCACACGAUGGAAAAGAACAUCUGCUGUCGGCAACGAAGGAGAAAAGAAGUCGUCUACGACGACUGCAUACUCGAGGACUCCUUGUCUCAAGGUAACUGGGACAUCGAGAAGGAUCCAAACGUGGACUAG